AUGCAGAUACUGUCUCUCAAUUUCUUAAUGUAUACUAUAAGUGGUUUAUGGCGACCAAUCAAGUGGUCUUCAAAAUGCUCCAAGUUAUUGUAUAGUAUGUUCACCUUUUUCACGAUAUAUUUAUUGUCAUAUUUAAUGCUGACUCACUUGCUGUAUAUCAUCUUUGUUAUCGAUAACGUGGAAGAUUUCGCAUCGACUUCCCCAUUUUUUUUUUCAACAAUCAGCUUAAUGUUCAAAGCGGUUACUGCUGUUAUCUAUCGCGAUCGAAUUAUCAACACAAUUGAAGUUCUGCAAAAUGAACCAUGCAAAACCUGUAAUAAAGAUGAGACUGAUAUCCAGAUGAAAUUUGAUCAUACAAUCAGAUCGUAUUCCAUAUAUUACUUACUUUUAUGUACGUUUUCGGCGGUGGGUGCUGUAACGGCAGGGAUGCUCGAUGUUUUAGAGGGUCAGUUACCUUAUAACAUGUGGGUACCUUGGAAUUGUACUUCAUUCUUUUCAUUCUUGUUUACAUCCCUUCAAGAGAUCAUAUCUCUAAUUGUUGCCACGAUUGUAAACAUCGCGACGGAAACUAUAGUAUUAGGAUUUUGUUUACAAUUGUGUGCACAAUUUGAAAUUUUGGAGCAUCGCCUUCAAAGAAUGGUAAAAUGCAGAGAAGAAGAAAUAUUUCCGAAAAGUUCAUUGAAUAAAGUAUCGCGCGAAAUAAGCAAGUUGUCAAAGCACAUUUCCCAUCAUCUAUGCAUAAUCAGACUUGCCGGAACAAUUAAUGGCAUAUACAGCAAAGUGAUCUUUGUUCAAUUUUUCGUCAGUAUUUUGGUAUUGUGUUCAAUUGUGUACCAUUUGUCUUCUCAUUUGACGCUUACAGACGUCGCCACCUUAAUCGCCUACACAUUCAGUAUGUUUGUGCAGAUUUUUGUUUAUUGUUGGGCUGGAAAUGAAGUUAUGCUCAAGGUAAUAACUAUGUCUUUCUCCGCAUUUAAUAGAAUUACGAAUAUGCAAAUGUUUUCUUUAAAUUUUUUAAUGUAUACCAUCGGUGGUGUAUGGAUGCCAAUUGAAUGGUCAUCGAACAUCGCUAAGCUUCUGUACAAUGUGUUUACCACUGUUGUACUAGUUUUGUUAUAUUUUUUGAUGAUAACUCAAUUCAUGGAUAUCAUUCUUGUCGUCGAUAAUAUCGAUGAUUUCGCAACAAAUACUUUAAUGUUCUUAACUAUUGUUGCUGUUACUUGUAAAGCAACAAUCGUUGUAGUACGUCGGAAGGCGAUCAUCAACUUAGUGCAAGUAUUAUUGACGGCACCUUAUAAACCUCGAAACGAGGACGAAAUGACGAUACAAACUAAAUUUGAUAAAUUUAUCAAAUCAUGCUCGAUAAAAUAUUCGCUUUUAGCAACAAGUUCUGUUACUGGUGUUACAGUAAGAUCUGUGCUAAAUGCUAUGCAAGGUCAAUUACCUUAUCGAGUAUGGCUACCAUAUAAUUUUAAUAUAUCUCCAAUGUUCUGGAUUACAUCUGUUCAACAAAUCAUAACAGUGAUUUUUGUUACUAUUAUAAAUGUCGGCACGGAAACUCUAGUUUUUGGAUUAUUUCUGCAAACAUGCGCUCAGUUUGAAAUCUUUGAAAGUCGUCUUCAAAAAUUAGUGACUAAUAAAACUAAUAAAUUAAUGAAAAAUAAAAUUAGAUAUUUAGAACACUCUUCUCCUUCGUCAAAUGAAGAAAAAACAAUAAUAUCAAAAUAUAUACAUCAUCACAUCAAGAUUUACAAAUAUGCCAGAACGGUAAACGUUAUAUUCAAUCAGGUACUCUUUGUCCAAUUCGUUGGCAGUAUAUUGGUAUUAUGUACAAGUGUAUAUUAUCUGUCAGCACAUAAAACACUAUCCGAAACAGCCACUUUGAUAGUAUACACUAUUUGUAUGUUUGUACAAAUUUAUGUUUAUUGUUGGUCGGGAAACGAAGUCAUACUUAAGAGUAUGAGCAUAGGAGAUGCAAUAUAUCAUAUGAACUGGCCUUCAUUAUCAGUCAACGAAAGAAAAGAAUUAUUAAUGAUCAUGUUACGCAGCACACUUCCUAUGAAAUUUACCAGUAGCUUCUUGAUAACUUUAUCUCUCCAGUCUUACAGUAAUAUAAUUCUUAUUGUCGAUAAUAUUGACGAUUUUGCCACUAAUACUCUAAUGUUCUUGACUAUUGUUGCCGUAUGUUGUAAAGCUACUAUCGUUGUGAUACGCCGGAAUGCGAUCAACAAUUUGAUGCAAUUAUUAAUGGAGACACCAUGUAAACCUUGUGACGAGGAUGAAAUAGCAAUAAAAACGAAAUUUGAUACAUUCAUCAGGUCGUGUUUGAUAAAAUAUAUGCUUUUGUCGAUGAGCUCUCUUACAGGCGUUACAAUAGGAUCAGUAGUGAACAUCAUGCAAGGUUAUCUUCCUUAUCGAAUAUGGUUACCAUUUAAUUACACUAUACCCUUGGCAUUUUGGACUAUAUCCAUCCAUCAGAUUGUAACUUUAAUUUUUGCUACCAUGAUAAAUGUCAGCACGGAUAUUUUAGUCCUUGGAUUAUUUUUACAUACGUGUGCCCAGUUUGAAAUUUUCGAAAGUCGUCUUCACAAAUUAGUGAUUAGUAAAACAAUUAACUAUCUGGGAAAUGCAGUCUCUUCAUUGAAUAAGGAUAAAACAGAGAUAUCGGAAUGCAUACGCCAUCAUCUCAGCAUUUACAAAUACGCCAAAAUGGUAAAUGUUAUAUUCAACCAGGUGCUCUUCGUUCAAUUCUUUGCAAGUAUACUGGUAUUAUGUACAAGCGUGUAUUAUCUAUCAAUACAUAUUAGAAAUUUCUCUGGUAUUCUGCCUUUUUUAGUGUACACUAUUGGCAUGUUUGUACAAAUUUAUAUUUAUUGCUGGUCCGGAAACGAAGUCAUUCUUAAGAGUAUGAGUGUAGGAGACGCUGUAUAUUGUAUGGAUUGGUCACUAUUAUCAGUUAAUGAAAAGAAACAAUUGCUCAUGGUCAUGGUACGGAGCACAAUUCCUAUAAAAUUCACAAGCAGCUUUUUAAUAACCGUCUCCCUUCAAUCUUAUAGCAGUAGAGGUCCAAAUAUGCAAAUACUUUCUCUAAAUUUUUUAAUACAUAGUCUUUGUGGUAUAUGGCGACCUAAUGAGUGGUCAUCAAACGGCGCAAAACUGAUGUAUAAUGUAUUUACCUUUAUUGUAAUAUUCUCGGAAUACUUUUUGGUGUUAACUCAAUUUAUGGAUAUAGUUCUUAUUGUCGAUAAUAUCGACGAUUUUGCCACUAAUACUCUAAUGUUCCUAACUAUUGUUGCUGUAUGUUGUAAAGCGACUGUUGUUGUGGUACGUCGAAAUACAAUCACGAACUUGGUGCAAAUAUUGAUGAAAACACCGUGUAAACCCUGUGACGAGGACGAAGUGGUAAUACAAACAAAAUAUGAUAUGUUUAUCAGAUCGUGUUCAAUAAAAUAUUCACUUUUAGCAACAAGCUCCGUUACAGGCACUACAAUAGGAUCAGUAUUAAACAUUAUGCAAGGUCAUCUGCCCUAUCGAAUAUGGCUGCCAUAUAAUUACAAUGUAUCUACGAUGUUUUGGGCUAUAUCUGUUCAUCAAAUCAUAACUGUAAUUUUUUCCGCCAUGAUAAAUAUUGGCACGGAUACAUUAGUCUUUGGAUUAAUUUUACAUACAUGUGCUCAGCUUAAAAUUUUCGAAAGUCGUCUUCACAAAUUAAUAAUUAAUAGAACAAUUAGGUAUCUGGAAAAUACAUUCUCUCCGUCUAAUAAAAACAAAAUAGGGAUAUCAGAAUGCAUACGCCAUCAUCUCAGUAUUUACAAAUACGCCAAAACGGUAAACAUUGUAUUUAACCAGGUGCUUUUCGUUCAAUUCUUUGCAAGCAUACUGGUAUUAUGUACAAGCGUAUAUUAUCUGUCAAUACAUAUUACAGAAUUGUCUGGUACUGCAACUUUUUUAGUGUACACCAUUGGCAUGUUUGUACAAAUCUAUAUUUAUUGUUGGUCUGGAAACGAAGUCAUUCUUAAGAGUAUGAGCGUAGGAGAUGCUAUAUAUUAUAUGGACUGGCCAUUACUAUCAAUUAACGAAAAAAAAGAAUUGCUCAUGGUUAUGAUACGAAGUACAAUUCCUAUAAAGUUCACUAGCAGCUUCUUGAUAACUCUAUCUCUUCAAUCUUACAGCAAUAUCUUAAAAACGUCAUACUCAGCAUUUAAUGUACUCCAAAAAUAAAAUAUAAAUAAAUUAAAGUGUACUUGGACGUAA